UUGAGGCCGAACGAACCUUCAUUUGCGGUUACGGAAACCUGGGUUAGAUAAAAUGUACAACAGUUUUGUAUCCCUCAGUAAUGAUUUUCAAAGUGAUUUACCUUUCUAAGUAAAAAUCAUUUCAUUAAUCAAGUAUUUUUUAAUAAUAAUUACAAAGUGAUUCGGAAGGCAAUGAUCCGGAACUGGGACACCACGUACCACGGCAAUCAAGGCAGGAUAAAUCAGCUCACUGUGUCCGUAUUACCCGCAGGGGUCCUGUGUAUUACCAGGCAGAACCAGAAUCAGGUCUGAAGUUUUACAGAUUUGGAUGGCAGUUUAAAUGACAGUCAUGAGAGUGAUACGCAUACUUGGCAGCUAUUCAAACAUAGGGAAAUUUAGUCACCUAUACUUCAGCCUGUUGAUAUUUUGCAUUAUAAGUGUCUGUUACUUUGGAUAUAUGGUGCACCAAAGUAAUAAGUACACAUGCGCAAAUGAAUUUGGAUAUACCCAAUAUAAAUUUGACAAUUUGGACAACAUAACACUCAGUCCUGUUAACAUUCAUCACCAUCAACUUCAACUUGUUGCUGAGUCCACAUGUAAAGCCAUUCCAGAGAUAUAUUUACUAACAGUAGUGAAGUCUGCAACUAAAAACUUUAACAAAAGAAAUUGCAUCAGGCAGACUUGGGGAAGGGAUAGUAAUUCUGGGAACCGGAAGGUGAUUUUUAUCCUAGGAUACAAUGAAGAAGACCAAGAAAGAGUGAAAUCGGAGUCAGAAAAGUUUAACGACAUUGUUCAAGAAAAUUUCCAAGAUGGAUACUGGAGCAACACACUUAAAAUGGAAAUGGCAUUUAACUGGAUUAUAAAGUAUUGUAGUAAUGCUAGAUAUUCUGUCUUUGUGGAUGACGAUAUGUAUUUGAAUGUGCCUAAUGCUUUAAAAUACCUUCAUUCAGUAGAUGAGAGUAAGAUGGAGAAUCUGUACAGUGGGCUUGUUGUGGAAGAGCCAUUUCCUACUCGAGAUUACUUCAAUAAGCAUUAUAUAUCCAGACAAGAUUAUCCAUUUGACUGUUUUCCUCCAUACAUACCAUCAGGAACAGUUUUCUUUAACAAGGCUGUCAUCCAAAAAAUGCAGAAGCUAAUCCCUUACAUUCCACAUUUUCGAGAGGAUGAUGUAUAUCUUGGCAUGGUUGCACAAAAAGCAGGGGUAAUUCCAUCAAAACUUAAUUUCCUCAUUGGACUUGGGGAUAGUAGAUCAGACCUUAAAUAUUUGCCUUGUUUGAUUUCUGAUCAUGGAUAUACUACUAUAGAGAUGUUUAAAUCUGCGUACACUGAAACUCAUUCUAAGAAUUUAUCAGUAGAAGCAAUUAUGGAGGUAUGCAUUCUAAACAACAAAGUUAAAGACCUGUAAAACAAUGGCAAAUUUAACAUGCUAUUUAAAAUAACCUGAACAUGCAGUCCAUGUAUAAUGGAUUUAAAUCACAUCUGACUGGCAAAUGAACUCGAUGAAUCCCACCAUACAGUCUAUGUCAUCCCAUAGAAAUUGUCCUCCUUCAUUCCUCAUGUAGACACAGUGCUGGAUUCCGUUAGCAUUGUCAGGUUGUCCUGGUAACCAAUAAAUUGACCCAUUCAGCGAAUGUUUUGAGUGAGUCCAAAUGAAGUGCCCUUCGAACUUGAUAUCAGUCAAUCCAAUCCAGUACCAGAGGAAGGCAAAGUCUGCAGCAGAAGGGCAAAAAUUAAUACAAGCAUCCACUUUGAUGUUGUGUUAAUUCUGUAUGAGUGGAUAUUCACAACUUGUUUUACUAUUUGUUUGUGUGAUAUGUGAUUUUCACAUGUAGAAGUGAUAUUUAUUUGAUUAUUUUUCAUUGAAUUGAUAAAGAAAUUGUACACCAUGGAUUCACCUGAGCUGAAAGCUCAAGUGGGCUUUUCUGAUCACCUUUUGUCCGUCCGUUUAUCUGUAAACUUUUCACAUUUCAUCUUCUUCUCCAAAACCACUUAGCCAAUUUCAAUCAAACUUAGAAGAAAUCAUUCUUGAGUGAAGGAGAUUUGAGUUUAUUCAAAUAUAUGUCUCCUUCAAAGUGGAGAUGGUCAUGAAUAGGCUGGGGUCAUUUAAAAAUCUUCUCAAGAACCACUGGGCCAGAAUAGUGGAAAUUUACAUGAAAGUUUCUUAACAUAAAGUAGAUUAAAGGUUAAUCAGAUCAUGGACUUCGGGGAUAGGGUGAGGCCACAAUAGGGGAUCAAAGUUUUACAUGCUAAUAUAUUGGGGUAUAGGGUAAAAAUCUUCUCAAGAACCAGUUGGCCAGAACAGUUGAAAUUUACAUUAAAGUUUCCAGACAUAGAAUAGAUUUAAUUUUGUUCAAAUCAUGAUUCCCAGGGGUAGGGUGGGGCCCCAACAUGGGAUCAAAGUUGUAUAUGCUGAUAUGCAUGUAGGAAAAAUCUUUUGAAAAACAUCUCUUGAACUAUUUAUGCUAGGGCUUUCAUAUUGUGUAUAUACAUUCUAUACAGCAAGACUUUUCAUGUGAUACAAUGAUAUAUGACCUUGACCUGGAAGUUUGACCUACUUUUAUUAAAAAAUUGACCCAUUCAAUAUUUCCUUUACUAUUUUUAACAAGUACGUCUCUCAUAUUUUGUAUAUAUACUUCAUUUGGCAAGACCUUUCAUAUCACUUGUAAACUUGAACUCGAAGUUUCAACUACUUUCAAGAAAACACCAUAUUAAAUAUAUCGAGGGUCCAUGUUUGCCCAACUCUCUAUUUUGUAUUGCUUGUAGGAGUUAAGAGAUUGAUCACUGUUUGUUAUCUUCGCCUUUCAUCAGGAAAUAUCUUAGGUAGGACUUUCAUAUUUUGUAUAUAGAUUCUUUAUGGCAAGACCUUGAAACGCAAUGGUGUUUGAUCUUUUGGCCUACUUUUCAAAAAAAAAAAUGCUGACCUAUUCAAUAUCCCCAUAACUAUUUAAGGUAGGGAUUUCAUAUUUUUCGUUCGGGGGGGGAGGGGGGGGGGGUAUUAGGAAUCACUUUGUCCGUCUGUGCAGAUUCGUGUCCAGGCCAUAACUUCUUUGUUCUUUGACAUAAGCUUACCAUAUUUGGCACACAGGUGGAUCACCAUGAGACGAUGUGUCGAGUACCUUCAUGACCGCUAUAUGACCUUGACCCUUGACCUCAAGGUCAAAAUUAAAGGUUUACAAUGGAUUCAUGUCCGGGCCAUAACUUCUUUGUUCUUUGACAUAGGCAUACCAUAUUUGACACAUAAGUGUAUCACCAUGAAAUGAUGUGUCGGGUACCUUCAUGAUCUCUAUAUGACCUUGAACUUUGACCUCAAGGUCAAAAUUGAUUAUAGAGUUUUGACAUUGUCAUACCAUAAGACAUGGGUGUAUCACCAUAAGACUAUGUGUCAUGUACAUUCAUGAUCUCUUUAUAACCUUGACCUUUGAUCUCAAGGUCAAAAUUAUAGGUUUAUGCCAUGGAUUUGUGUUCGGACUAUAUCUUCCAUUUUCUUCUACAAAGGCAUACCAUAUUUUUACAAUCGGGAAAGAGGUAAUUUAUACCUAUUAACAACACCCUUUGGGAGAUUGGGGUAAGUGAGGGGUAUUCUUAGUGAGCAUUGCUCACAGUACCUCUUGUUUAUAUAGAUUUUUUGUGGUAAGACCUUGUUACUCCUUGAAAUGUGACCUUGGAGUUGGACCUACUUUUUAAUAAUUUGACCUUUUCAAUAUCUCUUGACCUAUUUAAUGUAGAUCUUUCAUAUUUUGUACAAAAAUUUCUAAUGGCAAGACCUUUUAUUUCAUACUUUCACCUUGUGGUUUACCCUUCCUGUAAGAAAAAGUAACAUGUUAAAUGUCUUCAGAACUAUUCAGGGUAGGGCUCUCAUAUUUUGUAUACAGAUUCAUUAUGACAAAACCUUGUGAUAUGUGUGACCUUGACCUACUUUUUAAAAACCUGGCCUAAUCAGUAUCUCCUGAACUAUUUAAGAUAUAGAGCUUUCAUAUUUUGUAUAUAGAUAUAUUUCAUUUCAUAUCAUGAUCUAUGACUUUAUGACCUUGUUUUUAACCAGUGCUAGUCAAUACUCAAUUAUAUUAAUGUUGUGUGAAUUCAUUUUCAGUUAUAUCAUGAUCCUUUAGGGCCACAAUAUGGGGUCAAAAUAUAUCGUGAAAAUAAAGAAUUGAUAAAAAAAAAUCAUUUAAAAAUCACAAUUGCUGAACAACGGCAGGGCCAAGAUGACUCAGGUGAGCGAUUGGCCUCUUGUUUUAUACUGAUUAUAAUUGUUAUUCUUUUUAUUUAAUUUGAAUUGCAUUUGUAUUAUGUAAUUAGACUACCACAAAUUUCUUUGUUUUGUGACAGAAAAUGACAUUUCUUUCCAAUUUUUGAUACUACAUGUAUAUGAUUUGAUUUUUCUUUAAUACAUUUCAUAGACUGAACACACCACAAAACAAAGUACUGAGAAGCACUAAACUUGGUUUGUAAUGAUGCUGUAUGGAUAUACAAGACAUAAUAAUACUACUAGCAUACUAAAACAUAAUCCUCCACAAAUGCCAAUUGAUGGAAAGAAUAAAAUAUUGUGACACUUUUCUAAGCAAUUAUAAAUACAUGUUAUACUAGUAUUUAAGAUGAAAUGAGAGUUUUUAUGAAAUGGAAGAAUGAAAAGGCCCAGAUAAUUAACAGUGAACACAGACCCCUGGACACACCUGAGGUGGGAUCAGGUGAAUAGGAGGAGUAAACACCCCCUGUUGACUUGUCACACUCACCCAAGCCCUAUAUCUUGAUCAGGUAAACAAAAUAAUACCUAGUCAAAGUCAGUCUGUAAAGAACAGUCUAACAAUUGAUAUGAAACAUCUUUGACAGCAUUUGAUUCAAUGACAAGUUGUAUUGGUAAAUUAGAUCAUUAUGACGACCUAGGAAUUUAUUAAUUAUAUACAUAUGUACAUGUAACUAUAAACAAGACUGUUGAAACCCCUGUAACAUCAACUUGUUUGUCAGUAGCCUGCCACAAUCUUAAAAACUGACCAUAUGCAGAACAUGCUCAUGCAUAUUAAAUUAGUUGAGAGAUAUAAACACCUUAUGCAGGUGAUGAUUUAAUAUUGCUACAUAAAUAUAGGAUGUUGACAGUGGAGAAACUGAAGUCAUCCCGUUUGUCAUAAAGUGGAGUUGUUAUUUUGCUGUUUACAAAGAAUAUACAAGUAUGAAAAGAUUUUAUAUCUGGUAUUAAAAUGAACAAUUCAUAUUGUUCAAUCUAGUUAGA